AUAAACAUGGCUUGGAGUAAUUAUUUGUUGACGAUCUGCAACCGAGAGUCUGUGAUUCGGAACCGAGUCACACAGGAUGGAACCGGAAUGGAAUCGGUCCAUCAUCGACGAAGGAAAAGGAGCCAUGGAAAUCGAAUGGGAACCAGAAUCCCUUGAUCCAGGAAACGUAAAGCCUCCUCUGCCGUUCCCCGCCGGCGAGCCUAACAAUCAAGGAACCGCUGUGGUUCCUCCCACCAAUCGUCCCCCUAACGAUGAUACUAUUGGCGAUCUCACCUCCGAACUGCGCAAUUUCCACAUUGUCCAAUGCCCUGAGGAAAAAGGGAUUAAGAAUAUCAACGAUAUUGAUAUAGAUAAAGGUGCAACUCCGAAGGGCACUCUGUUUCCGUAUGUGCAAGAUGGUCUUAAAUACGCACAACCGAAGGCAAAUUUGCAUGCUUGUUGUGGCCUUGACCCUGUGGAUAUUAUCACAAUUAAUGUGGGUAGCUGCUUAUCACAAAUCAUUGAAGAUAGGAAGAAAAAUGCAAUUGAUCAUGGAGAAGAUAUUGACUAUGAUGUGUCAGACCAAGAGUCAAACCAAUACGAAGUUGUUGUUUAUAAAGGGCCUCCAUUAAUGGGUCAGAUCCCUAGUGUGCCAUUAGUGACUCAUCAAGUUUCUAAUGCAGAUGUAUUUGUCUCGGCAAGACAUAGUUUAGAGGGUUCUUCAUGUGCUUGGAGUCCAACAGAUUCUCUUCUAGCAAUUGGAUCUUCAAAUGCAUCGGCGCAAAUAUGGAAAAUUUCAAAUGACUUCUCCAAUAUGCAUGCUUCAAUUCCAAGGGUGCAUUUUCUUAUUCGUUCUGAAUCUUCUGAUACAAAUACUUGUGAGCUAAGUGUACCAGACACCAUAGUUGCUUGGAACGGAGAAGGGGAACUACUUGCAACAGGUUCAACGAAUGGGUGGGCAAGUAUUUGGUGUAAGAAUGGUGAAUUACACAAGACACUAGACGAACAUGAAGAGUCUAUAUCGUGUAUAGCAUGGAACAGUAAAGGUGAUCUUCUCCUAAUUGGAAGCUAUGAAAGCGAAUUUAUAAUAUGGGACACAAUAACGUGGAAGCCUAAGCAAAAAUUAAUAUUUGAUUUAGAAUUAUUGCCUGUUGUUAUUGUUGCAUGGAGAAACAAUACUUCAUUUACAAUAUGCUCAAGGGACUUCAAAAUUUUUGUUUGGAACGUUGGAGAUUCUCAGCCAAUUAUAACUUUUACCGGACAUCAAGAUGAUAUUAGUGGUAUCAAAUGGGAUCCUACUGGGACUUUAUUGGCUUCAUACUCUGAUGAUGGGGCUAUAAAGAUUUGGACCUUGAAACAGGACCAAAGUCUACAUAAUCUGAUGCAUUGCGAGGGUAUAAACAGUAUUAGAUGGAGCUGGACUGGCCCAGGUACCAGCAACCCCAAUAAGCAGUUAUUGCUUGCUAGUGCCGCAAAUGAUGGAACAGUCAAAAUAUGGGAUGGCGCACGAGGGCAACUCCUUUACUCCUUCAAUGGUCACCGCACUAAGGGGCCUGUGAUUGAAAUGGAGUUUAGUCCGGAUGGUGACUAUAUAGCUAGUGAAUCAGAGCAAUGUUUACUGAUAUGGAAAGUCAAAGAUGGGACGAUUGUGAAGUUCUGUAGUGGCUGUGAUCCUUGGCGUUAUAAUCUUUCUUGGAAUAGAGAAGGCAACAAAAUAGCAGCAGGUUACACAAAUGGCAGCCUUCGUGUGCUUCGCUUGUGGUAGAUUCUUUUUCUGUGCAUUGAGAAGCUAUGUGGUCUUUUGUAAACCUGGUUCCUUUAGUGUGUGUAUAUAUAUAUAUAUAUAUAUAUAUAUAUAUAUAUAUAUAUAGUUUUUUAUUUUAUUUUAUUUUUUCUUUAUAUAGUUGAUUUAUACACCAAGAAUUGAGGGUGCCCAAGGAGAUGAGUUCUUUUCUAAUUUCAGUAACUUAAACAUACAUGUUACAGUGGUUGGAACAAUACAAUCACACAUCUUAACCUUUGUUAUUAGAAUCAAAUAACAACAACAAUCUACAUGGUUUC